AUGGCCUCGUUUUUUCCUCCCUCCCAUUUCUCACUCUAUUCCAAAACUGGUUUCAUCUGCAACCCCUUCACCACUCUCCCACCCAACAACGCUUUGCUUCUCCCUUCCCCCUUGAAGGUUUCAGCAGACAACGAGGUUGCAGCCUCAGCUUCAGCUUUUGAGGACCCAAGAUGGGUCGGAGGGACAUGGGACUUGAAACAGUUUAAGAAAACUGGAAUCAUUGAUUGGGAUGCUGUUAUUGAUGCUGAGGUUAAGAGAAGAAAAAGGCUUGAGGACAAUCCAGAAUCAUGCACUAAUGACAAUCCUGUACUUUUUACCUCGUCUGUUAUUCCAUGGUGGGCAUGGAUGGAAAGGUUUUAUCUUCCUGAAGCUGAACUACUUAAUGGUCGUGCUGCAAUGCUAGGGUUUUUUAUGGCCUAUCUCGUUGAUAGCUUGACUGGAGUUGGUAUAGCUGAACAAAUGAGCAACUUCUUCUGCAAAACUCUUCUUUUCACAGCAGUGACUGGAAUACUUGUUGUCCAAAAGAAGGAGGACAUUGGAACUCUUCUGAAGCUAUGGGAAGAGAUUACAUUUUAUGAUCAACAAUGGCAAGCAACUUGGCAGGAUGGAAGCUCAAGUACUUCCAAGACAGAUUAG